GUGUGUUUUUUAAAGAUGGCCGGAGCGGUGGCGGCGGUGGCCGCGGGAGCAGUAGCGGGAGCUGCCGCGGCAGCCGUGUCGGUGGCGGCUCCGGGCCGGGCCUCGGUGCCCCCGCCGCCCCCGCCGGUGUACUGUGUGUGCCGGCAGCCGUACGACGUGAACCGCUUCAUGAUCGAGUGCGAUAUCUGCAAGGACUGGUUCCACGGCAGCUGUGUUGGAGUAGAAGAACAUCAUGCUGUUGACAUUGACCUGUAUCACUGUCCCAACUGUGCAGUUCUACAUGGUUCUUCUUUGAUGAAAAAGAGGAGGAACUGGCACAGGCAUGACUACACAGAAAUUGACGAUGGUUCCAAACCAGUGCAAGCUGGAACUAGAACUUUUGUGAAGGAAUUACGUUCUCGAGUCUUCCCAAGUGCCGAUGAGAUUAUUGUGAAAAUGCAUGGCAGCCAGCUGACACAGAGAUAUCUGGAGAAACAUGGAUUUGAAGUCCCUAUUAUGGUCCCCAAGUUAGAUGACCUAGGACUCAGGCUCCCUGCAGCUACUUUUUCUGUUAUGGAUGUGGAACGUCAUGUAGGUGGUGACAAAGUGAUAGAUGUCAUUGAUGUGGCAAGGCAGGCAGACAGCAAAAUGACACUUCACAAUUAUGUUAAAUACUUCAUGAAUCCUAACAGACCAAAAGUGUUAAAUGUGAUCAGCCUUGAAUUUUCAGAUACAAAGAUGUCUGAAUUGGUGGAGGUCCCUGACAUAGCCAGAAAACUUUCCUGGGUGGAAAAUUAUUGGCCAGAUGAUUCAGUCUUUCCCAAGCCAUUUGUUCAGAAAUACUGCUUAAUGGGAGUUCAAGACAGCUACACAGAUUUCCACAUUGACUUUGGUGGAACUUCAGUUUGGUACCAUGUCCUCUGGGGUGAGAAGAUUUUUUAUUUGAUAAAGCCAACAGAUGAAAAUUUGGCACUCUAUGAAUCUUGGAGUUCAUCUGUGACCCAGAGUGAGGUGUUCUUUGGAGAUAAGGUGGAUAAAUGCUACAAAUGUGUGGUAAAGCAGGGACAUACUUUAUUUGUUCCUACAGGGUGGAUUCAUGCUGUGCUCACUUCUCAGGACUGUAUGGCUUUUGGGGGGAACUUUCUGCACAACCUUAAUAUUGGCAUGCAGCUCAGGUGUUAUGAGAUGGAAAAAAGGCUGAAAACACCAGAUCUUUUCAAAUUCCCUUUCUUUGAAGCCAUAUGUUGGUUUGUAGCCAAAAACUUGCUGGAAACCCUGAAAGAACUGAGAGAAGAUGGUUUCCAGCCUCAAACUUACCUAGUACAGGGCGUGAAAGCCCUGCAUACUGCUUUAAAAUUGUGGAUGAAGAAAGAGCUUGUAUCCGAACAUGCCUUUGAAAUUCCAGACAAUGUUAGACCUGGACAUCUUAUUAAAGAACUUUCUAAAGUAAUUCGAGCAAUAGAGGAGGAAAACGGCAAGCCAGUUAAAUCUCAGGGAAUUCCUACUGUGUGUCCAGUUUCACGAUCCUCAAAUGAAGCAACUUCCCCAUACCAUUCCCGACGAAAGAUGAGGAAACUUCGAGAUCACAGUGUCCGAACUCCUUCUAACCUGGACAUCCUAGAGCUCCACACGAGGGAGGUCCUCAGAAGAUUAGAGAUGUGUCCAUGGGAAGAGGACAUCUUGAGCUCUAAACUGAAUGGCAAAUUCAACAAACAUCUCCAGCCAUCUUCUACCGUACCUGAGUGGAGAGCGAAAGAUAACGAUCUACGAUUACUGCUGACAAAUGGAAGAAUAAUUAAAGACGAGAGACAGCUCUUCGCAGAUCAGAGUCUUUAUACAGUAGACAGUGAAAAUGAAGAGGAUAAGAGAAGGACAAAAAAGACAAAAAUGAAGAUAGAAGAGAGUUCAGGAAUAGAAGCUGGGGAGAAUGAAGAAUCUCAAAAACCACUUAACAGGUUUUUUACAAGUGUGAAAUCAGAACUCAGGAAUCGAUCAUCAGAAUAUUCUGAUAUUUCUGAUUCGGAAGACUCUGGACCUGAUUGCACUGCACUGAAAAAUAAUUUCACCACUGAAGAGUCAGAAAGUUCAGGAGAUGAAAAGAAACAAAAAAUAACAUCAAACUUUAAGGCGGAAUCUAAUGUGACGAGGAACUUACUUCAAAAGAACCGGAAGACAUCUAGAAGUGAGAUUCUAGUUAAAAGGGAAUGUCCUACCUCGACGAGCACAGAGGAAGAAGCUAUUCAGGGCAUGCUGUCCAUGGCAGGCUUGCACUAUUCCACGUGUUUACAAAGGCAGGUACAGAGCACAGGCUGCAGCAGUGGAAGAAACUCUCUCCAGGAUCCCAGCAGCUGCCACAGCAGUAACCACGAGGUUAGGCAGCUGUAUCGCUAUGAUAAACCAGUGGAAUGUGGAUACCAUGUCAAGACUGAAGAUCAGGACCUGAGGAGCUCUUCCUGGAUUAAACAAUUCGAUACAGCUUCCAGAUUUAAUCUUCAGGAUCUAAGUAGAGGCCAUAAAUGCAUCAAAAAGGAAGGUUCAUCGGAAAUCAGUCAAAAGGUACAAAGCAGGAAUUCUGUGGACAGCAGUGGCUCAAGCCCUCAGAAUGGAAAGUACACGCAGAACUCAAGCUUGGUUUCGGGAGCAUGCCAGAUAAGGAAUGGCAGUGCAAGCCCGGAAAGGCCAGUUGGUGAAACUUCCUUUUCAGUGCCCCUGCACCCCACUAAGAGACCUGCAUCAAACCCACCACCUAUCAGCAACCAGGCAACAAAAGGUAAACGUCCAAAAAAGGGAAUGGCGACGGCCAAACAGCGUCUUGGGAAGAUCCUUAAGUUGAACAGAAAUGGCCAUGCACGUUUUUUUGUGUGACGGAGCUGCUUUGGGGCCACUCUUACCUUUGGAGACCAGUCUCGGGGUGGGGGAGCCCGGGGCCCGCCGUGCAUGUCCAGCGGAGAACAACGUGAACUGCCUGGAGAACAACACGAACCUGAUGCUGCAUUUUCACUGUGCCACACCCACUCAGCAAUAACCAUUUUGGACCUGGUGGGGGAGAGGAAGAAGGAGGGUAGAACCUUAAAAGGAGACCUUGAACUGAAAAGGGUCUCUUGUCAGGGCUUGAAUUUCAUUUUAUUGGUAGUGUCUUGAUUUAUUUUCAGUGGUAGGGUAAAGAAUUAUCAAUAAUUUAUUUAACAGAUUUUUUUUUAAAAAAAGUUAACAGCUUUUAAAUUCUUUCUUUUUUAAAGCUAUUUAUUUGGAAGAUUUCUGGAGAAAUAUCUCAUUAAUUUAGAUUUAAGAAUGUGAAGGUUUUUAAAUUAUUUUUGAUAGUGUGUGUGUUACAUGUGGGGAAAGAGCCACAGUAACAGUAACUAGUCUGGACUCUUAAAUUUGAUAUUCAGGUUAAAGUCUUAAACAGGGAUUUGAUGCAUUAAUUAUUUUAAAUUAAGAUGUAUAUGAAAAUCAUUUUAUUUUAUAUAUUUCAUGUUUUUUAUAAGCUAUUAGCUUCGCUUUUGCUAACAUCCAAGGUGCAUACUGUUAUCCAGGUUGAUGACCUUAUAUCCCACCCCCCUCUGCACUCUGACAUUUGUGACGACACAACAAGAAUCUUCUCUUUGCAGGGAAACAUUUUCAUAGCCAAUGUGUUAGAACUACGUAAAAGACCCCACAUUUCCCAUUUCGUUUGACAUUGCGAUUUUCUUAUAAAUAUGAAAGGCUUCUUGCAUUUUCAUUUUUGCUGAUGACCUGGGUCCCAAAGAGAACAGCUUUAAUAUCUUUUUCCUAUUUAUGGGAAAAGUAUUAUAAGUUUGGUUAAAUUGUCAUAUUUCUAGUUUUUCAAAUGCAUUUGUAACUACAGAGGGCCUUCUUCAUACUGCUGGUGUUGGCAUGUAGGACAAACACCUGCCGCAAAGGUUAUAUUUUAUGACGCUUUUAUUCUGUGUACCCAGUUUGUUGGAAAAUAAGAUUUGACUUAGUCUGUUCAACUCUGCAUAAUAAGCCGUAAUAUAAUAGGACUAUACUAUAUUAAUUGUGUAGAAGCAAGCAUGUUGGAGUAGAUCUUUUGCAGUGUGUGUGUGUGUGUGUGUGUUUUGUUUUGUUAUUUCUUAACCUUCUAAAGAAUUAUUUAAGACAUGGAUUUGGAGUAAAAGGGGUGCUUCUUGCAGUUUCUUCCAUCUGUCCUACCUUAGCCAGUGCAUAUUGAGGUUAAGUAUCUGAUUGAGCUUUAAAGUAAUCAUGUAUCUCUUUUAUGCACAAUUUUUACUAAAUGCCAGUUGCUAAUAAUAGCUAAUAUUUUUUCUUUUUUUUCUCCCAUGGCUUAAAAAUAAGUGGUUUUGGGGGAAGGGAUAUUUCCAAUUCUGACAGGAGAGCAUUUUACAAGUUCCUACAAAGAAAAUACAGUGAAUAAGAUCAAAUUUAUUUUUAUGGAGAAGAAAUAUGGCCAUAUUAUGGAUAGCCUUUUUUUUAUUUUUAUUUUUACUCAACAAGGUAGCAGGACUCCCUUCUAUAUUAAGUAUCAUGUGUAGUGCUAAGAAAAAAAAAGCUAUGCCAUCAUCUUUCAUGAUUGCAUUCAAGUGUGUAUUUUCAAAGAGAUGUUUCUUACUCUGUCUCUAUUCCAAUAUUUCAUGGAGUUAAUGUGAAAUAGCUUAUGAAUUAGCCUUUUUGGUCCAAGUGACUGGAUGAAAGUCUGGAUCAUAUCUGGUGUCAGGAGGAAUUUUAUGGAAAUACUAAAUGUCUAUAAGUGUCCUACUUAAAACUCUCUACACGAUGCCAAAACUAGUUAGGAGAUGGGCGCCGUCAGUCGUAUGAUGGGUGAUUGGUUCUCAAAAUGUAAAAAUCUUGGUGUGACAGAUUCUGCCGUCUUCCCUACACAAUAUAUUACUGUGGUGUUUUGGUUUUCUCUAGACACCAUAUUAAUGUUUUUAGAACAUGUUUUUGUUUGGGUUUAAGAUAUAAGAGCUAUAAUUAUUUUUCCAUUACAUCAUAAUCUGGGUUCUUUUUUUGUUUUCUUUACAUUUUCACAGCUCUAAGUGUUUUUAAUUACCUGAGUUUUUUUCUUUAGCUAUACAAAUUAAAAUAAACCUAUUUAUUUUUUAUGAAUUAAAAUUGUGGCCAGUAUCCACCCUGUGUACAUAGGCUGGUAAAUACUAAUUUUAAGUAGACAGUAUGUGGAACUUUUAAGUGAAGGUACUGUGGAAUCAUUUCUGGCGAUUUUAGCCCAUUAACUGGCUAUGUUAAAAAAAAACACACCAAAACUUUCAGUGAGGUAAUAAAUAUAACCACUAAAACAGAACACAUGUAUCUUCUUUUGAAUUGGUACCAAUUCAGCCACUGACCCAGUGACUUCCCCAGUCUUAUAAAGUUACUGGCUCUGAUGCAGCCCCUUUAUCUCAGGCAAAUGACUGCAGCCAGUAUCUGGACUCAGCUGUACUAGACAACCUUUGUCUUUCCCUCUCUCUAGUUUAUAAACAAUAUUACUGCACAGAUACUGCAGCGUAGGAAGACAGCAGUGGUGGCAGGUAGCUAGUUAUAGGCGAACACAAAUAUGUAAAGCAGAAUUAUGAUUCAACGUAUGCAAUUUUAAUUGUAGUAGUAGAUGAGUUUCCUAUAUUGAUUCAAAUAAGUAACUUCUGUUAACCUAGUAUUCACUGUACUGUAAUUCAUAAUGUAACAUAAUAUAGUGCUCUCCAGUAUUGAUUAGUGAGUAAACAGUACAAAGCUGGCAUUUAUAAUAGUUUGGUAUUCUAGAAACGCAUUGAACUUUUAUAAGCAUCAGUUAAUUUUUAAAGCAUACAAAACUGAAAAUUCUGACUGAAAUCAUCUUAUAAGCUCAGAGAGAAAACAAACCCAUCUUUAUUACUACUUAAAUACUUAGCUUGAAUACUGUUCUGUUUUGUAAUAAUCCCAAUUAUUGCUUUUUUAAUGAACUCUACUGUAUUUAUUCUUAUGAGAUCAGCAGGUAUUUAUCAAACACCUACUGUGUGCUCAGCACUACUUAGUACUUUGGGGAAGUACAAAGUUGAAGUGUGGUCUCUGCCCUUGAAGGUAUCUUCUCCAGGAAAUAAGCAGUAUUAUUUUUACUUCUAAGCAAACUUAAGCAAAAGAGGGCCCAUUUAUUUAAAAAAGCAUAACUUCAUUCAUUUCAACUGAGAUAUACUAUACUAUGUAGAAGUGGAAAUAACAUUUUUUAAUUUUUAAAAAUAUUUCAGAAAUUAAUUUAAUGUUUGCAAUAAAAGAUCAUGGUUUAACAUGGAAGGGAAUAGAAGACCUGCAUUUUGUCCACGUUCUGCCAUUUUUUAUAUCAGCUGUGUGACCUUGAAAAAGUCACUUAUUCUUUCUGAGUCUUAGUUUUCUCAUUUGUUAGUUUGGAUAAAAAUGUAGUUAAGAAAACAUAGAAAAGCAUUUAACACUUCAUACUUGCAGUUAAUUUAUCAUAAUUUAAGCUGCAACUGAUCAUUAAUGAGUGCACAUUUACAAGCAUUUUUAAACUAAAACUGUUAUUACUCAUAAAAUUUAGUUUUAUUUCAAAUCUGUGCCCAGAGCACGCUACCUAAAAAACCUGAAGAAUCUCUAACAAGGUGCUGAAUUAAAAUCCAAAUUAGUGCUUGAAGUGAAAGAAAAAGUGAAAUAGUUUAUGGAUAAGAGUGAUAAUGUUUAUCCUCAAGUAAGUAAUGUUUAUUCUCAAGUAAUCAUUAAGAUGACUUAAGGUCAUUGAAAGAUAGUUUUAAGUUUUUCUCAAAGAGGAAUUUGGAUGGUACUGCUCCACAGAGUCUGCUUACUCUCUAGGCACUAGACAAAGGUAAGAUAAGUCAUGGAAUUAAAAGGAUUUAGCAACAACCUGUGGAAACGGGGUAAAAUAAGGUGGUUCCAAAGAUGGGAAUCAACAAAGACAGCUCGGAGUUGGCUAAUGACAGCUGGUUGGGUAGAGAGACAGUGUAGUGUAGGAAAGGAACAUAAUGGGACAUCUUCAAAAGGAAAGAUUCUGCUUUUUAAAGGAUGCUUCUAUAGUGACAAGACUGCUCCCCAAAGAGUUCAUGAAUAACUUCCGCCUGGUGUACCACUGCCAGAAGUAACAAUUGCAGUGUAUCAGCAUUUUACAAUUUCACAUUGAGAUGAAGGCUUCAUUAAUGUCAAUCUGAAAUUUUUUCAAAAACUCAUUUUUCUCAUUAAAUAUUAAGCCAAUUGCUCCCUCCAAAAAGAGAAGAUAAGGUUACUCGUUAUUUUUGGAUGCCCUAGACUUUAAAGCAAUCUUGAGAAGGUUGAGCAUCAGAUCCUUAGGAAAAACAUGUUGCUGGUAAAUAAAGGAGACAAAUGAAACCCAGAUAGGGCAGUGAUUUGCCUGGGGUCACAGCGAAUCCUAGACCUCUGGUACCUUGCUUCCUACCACAGCCCCUCUCUGACGCUGUGCGGCCUCUGCUGGUAGUGUUGCGGGUGAUAUUGAAAUGCUUGCUAGAAGCCAGUGGAAAGAAAGGAGAAGUAAUAUACUCACUGUAUUGCUGUUGGACUAAAGUGAUUUUGAUACUGGAGCCUUACUAAAAACCUUGCCCUUACUUUCAUUUGUCCUUCAGUGAGCAUCAUGACAUAAAAGUCAAAUAUUUUAUAUCCCUUACAUAAAUUUUUUAAAAUUAAGGUCAAGAAGCAAAUGCCUAUUUCCAAAGCAAUUAGCUUAUCAUGUUAGACUGUGGUUUUACUCUUUUAUACUGUUUUUCCCCCUUUAGUGGGUAGGGGAAAAUAAUGCUUAUUUACUUGCAUUCUACCCCAUAGAGUCUCCCUCUCGUCCUCGGUGCCCUCACUAGUGUCCUAAAGCUUUGUCUUAACACAUGCACCAUUAAAUUUUUGUUAAAGCCCUUUUGGAACUGUUUUCAGUGAUUCUUCCAACAAGUUGAUCUGCUCUGCACUAUUUCACUAAUAAACCCUGGCUACCACGUAGCCCUUGACCUCCAAGCAGUUUACCUAUGCAAGACCUGUGACAUUCUGAACUCACUUUUUCUUAUUUCAGAAAGCCGUCCUAAGUGGAACUUAAUCAUAAAGAUAACCUUGCCUCCACCCGGUUUUAUUUUGGCCUUUUUCUUUUCAAAAUGUCAGCUAUUUUCCCCCAAGGUGUUUCACCAAAACAAUGAUCAUAAUGCUGGAAUAUAUCAUAUUUUGCAGGAAUAAAGUAACCCAGACAUACUCAUAUUUCUGUGGUAGAUUUUGGUUGGUAAUAGUUACCUGUAUUAAGUGGAGUAUAUAAUGAGUUAAUUCCUUGCCUAGAAUAAUUUCUUUCCUCAAAGAUUCAUAAGUAACCUUUUAUUUUUACAAAGCAUGCAUACAUACAUAUAACUUCCACAUUAUAGUCAGGGACCUGAGGUGUCACUUGCUAAGUGAACCCCAAGGUUAUUUUAUCUUGCAAAAGAAACUUAAACCAAACUAAGGGCCUUACAUUUAUGGUUAGACUGAAUCAAAAGCUAUAACCUCAAUUUUUCCCCAAAUAGCUUCUGACUGCAAACACAAGUCAUGCAGUUGUUAGGUAAGAAAUAGCACUGAUCAGGAAAUGCAUGUGCAACUUCGAAGACUGUGUUUCCUUCCGAAAAGACUUUUCUACUUUUAAUGUAAAUUAAGCCAUAACAGUUUCAUGCUGUGGAAAGAGGGUGAAAGGUUCAUUUGAAGAGAUUAUAUAAUAUGAAUUUUCACAUUACUGUGAAAUGUCUAACUUUGCCAGUGCUUCAGCAGGUGUUUUUUGUUUUUUGGUUUUUUGUUUUUGGAGGGGAUAGAGGGAAGUGAUAGGGGAGGAGUAGUAUUGAUUUUAGGGGUUUCCAAUCUGUGAAAUUUGAAAAGGGGACAGUUGUUGGCUAUGGUAUUUACUAGUUUUGUAGUAAUGUUUUGCUAGCUUGACUGACUUUCCUUAACUGAUUUUUAUGCCCAUGGUCCAAGGUGACUGGUACCCUUUCUUUGGGGUUUCUGCGGAGUAGUGUCUUGUCUUUUUGUAUAGGCGGGUCAGUGUGUGUGCACAUGUGUGUCCUUUGAAUACAGAAGCACACUGUGUGGCUACAGAGUGGGGUGUGGCUGGGAAGCGGGAUGCUGAAGCUUUAAAGAGCAUUUUUUUGGACUCAUAACAGUAUUUCCCAUCUUUUGCCUGCAGGCAGGGAAAGUGUACAGUAUUUAUUUUGCUUCUGUUUUAAAUUUGUAAGUCUUUAAAUAGUUUAAUUGGUUAUUAGAGGGAGGACAAGUAACUUGUUUAAAGUUGUAUUUGGUAUUCUUACUUUCCAAUUUCUGUAUUUUAAAAUAUUGAAAUUAAAAUUGUAUUACUUCUGUUUUGAUUUAUUUUAGCGCUCGGUGUAUUUUUGGCUUAUUUUGUUUGAAA